CUUCCGAUCAGCUGCAACACAGACCUCAAAAUGCCGUCGACGUAUAAAAGAGAAAAGCCGUGGGACACGGACGAUAUUGAUAAGUGGAAGGAGGAAGCAUUUAAAGCCGAUGACAACCUUGGCGGAAGUUUUGCAGAGGAAUCGUCUUUCGCUACGCUUUUCCCCAAAUACCGUGAAGUCUACUUGAAGGAAGCAUGGCCGGUUAUCACGAGAGCGUUGGAGAAGCUUGGAAUCGCGUGCACUCUGGACUUGGUCGAGGGUAGCAUGACUGUCAAGACGACCCGGAAGACUUUCGACCCUGCUGCAAUUCUGAAGGCGCGUGAUCUUAUCAAGUUGCUGUCGAGAAGUGUGCCUGUGCAACAGGCCCUCAAAAUCCUCGAAGACGGAUACGCAUGCGACAUCAUCAAGAUCCGCAGCCAAGUUCGCAACAAGGAACGAUUCGUCAAGCGUCGUCAACGUAUCCUGGGCCCCCAAGGUUCCACACUGAAAGCCCUCGAGCUCCUCACCAGCACCUACAUCCUCGUCCAAGGAAACACCGUCUCCACCAUGGGCCCCUUCAAAGGAUUGAAGGAAGUUCGCCGUAUCGUAAACGACUGCAUGGCCAACAUCCACCCGAUCUACCAUAUCAAAGAGCUCAUGAUCAAGCGAGAACUCGCCAAGGACCCUACUCUCGUCAAUGAAUCCUGGGACCGAUUCCUGCCCAACUUCAAGAAGCGCACUCUCUCGAAGCGUCACCAGCCGGCCAAGGUCACCGACAAGUCCAAGAAGGUGUACACUCCUUUCCCUCCUGCGCCGGAGAAGAGCAAGGUGGACUUGCAGAUCGAGUCGGGCGAGUACUUCUUGUCCAAGGAGGCCAAGGACCGCACGCACAAGGAGGAGGUUAUGGAGAAACAGCGCCAGAAGCGCGAGGAGAAGAUGAAGGAACGCGAAAAGGCUUUCAUUGCACCCGAGGAGCAAGAUGCUGCCGCGAAGGAGGAAAAGAAGGAGAAGAAGGAGAAGAAAGAGAAGAAAGAGAAAAAAGAGAAGAAGAGAAAGCGCGAGUCUGAAGCUGAGCCAGACGUCGAGAGCUCCGAAAAGAAGGAAAAGAAGAAGAAGAAGAAGAGCAAAUCUGCAGAAGAUGCAGAGGAUUGAAUGAUAUAAUUAUGUUGUUCCUGAAUGGUUUCUUCUUUUUCUCGAGGCGCUUAGGCAUAGCAUGGGCUGGAGUUCUUUUCUACUCUUUCUGUACUCUUCAAAACAAAAACUGUGGAUUGAAUUAUUUA